UAUUUUGUCAGUAUUCCAACUCCAGUAUGGCGGCGACAGCAACUUCUGCGGUGCCUGAUCAGCCGUUGAAAGCACAGGCGCCGUUUGACUUGUCUCAUCCCCCAGAUAUCGAGGGCUUCACCCCCCUAACGAAAAUCAAAGACGAGAGCUUCAAGGAAAAGUUCCUGCGGAAGACCAAGGAGAAUCCAUUCGUCCCGAUAGGUUGUCUGGGAACAGCCGGAGCGCUGAUGUACGGUCUUCGCGCCUUCCACCAAGGAAAAACCAGACAAUCCCAGAUGUUGAUGAGGGGCCGGAUUUUCGCUCAGGGCUUCACUGUAGUUGCCAUCAUUUUUGGCAUCUUUGCCACAGCGUUGAAACCCAAACAGUGAAGAUGAACCAAUCUUGUGCUUCUCGACGGUGUCCAUUCAACUUGGGAUCGGACCAGAUCCGUUGUGGAAUUGGACUCUGAAUAACUGAAUUUUGUUUAAUAUAUCCAAUGUUGUUCAGAUACAUAGCUUAUUUGUUGUUUUUUCACAACACUGAAGCGCUCACGGUGAUACUUUGCUGUGUGGAACAGCACAGCAGUGUCAGCUCAGAUUAAUAAAUUGGAGUUCAGUUUAAUAGCAA